CAUGAGGCCACUUGGCACUUUCAUUUCUGCGAGGAUGGGCUAGAGCCUAGCUAGCUCGUGCUCUGGGUUCAACUCAAUCAUCAAUGAUAAAGGUAGGUACGUAAAGCAAGCGAGUUUGAUGUCAGUCUUCAAACAAAUUGCUUCUACCGUACAUACUUAGCUCACCCAGUUGGCCGCACGUCUUGUUGCAUAGUAAAAGGCAGCAGCAUUUGCACAUAGUCCAAAAAGUUGGUGCCAACAGAUUCAAGGUUCAUCUGCGCUGCUGAGCGGGAUCUCGAAGUACUGACUCUCAGCAUUCGUUCCAGAGACAUUCACUGCAGCUCGUUCUUACCAGUCAGAUUGGGCGACUUUGGUACUAGUAGCGAGCUCCGAGAGAUCGUUCAAAGAAGAGAGUUUCUGACUCCGGUUCUGCAUUUGGUCCAACGACUGAAAAUAAGCUCCUGGAAGGUGGUCAAGGGCGAGCUCUUGCUGACAUCAGCAACUGGAAAUGGACACGAUCAGGACCGAGCUGCUGAAGCAGUGGGGUAUAAGUCCUGGCGUGGAUGAGAACCUCCUGGUUCCGCAUAUUGCAGCGGAAAGGGGCGAUCUAAACCUUUUCAAGGAGGCGCUGAAAGUUGGUCUGGACCCAAACCAGAAGGAUGGAGAACGAGGCACGUUGCCGCUGCAUUGGGCAGUCCAAAAGCUCAGCUUUGAGGUAGCUGAGUACAUUCUGAAGGAGAAGAUCAACGACCCAAACUGCAGAAACUUUGAGGGGAAUACGCCGCUGCAUUACGCGACUGUGAAGGGGAGCAAACGGAUGAGCCAGCUGUUGGUAGAGCACGGAGCGGAAGUGAACGCAGUGAACGAUAGCCGGCAAAUCCCGGUGUUCGGCGCCGUCUUUGAGCGAUACGACCACGUCAUCGAAUACUUGGCCUCUCUCAGUGACCCCAAGUGCCACGCGUGCAAGAAAAAACGGUGCGCGAUUCACCGAGCGGACCUCGACUUCACGGACGAGGACGGGAACACGGCGCUUCACUUGGCGGGGGUGCAUCACUGGGGCAACGGGACGUACAAUCUUCUCGUACAGCUAGGGGCCGACGAGACGAUCAAAAACAAGGAAGGGAAGUAUCCGGUGCCGCCAAUGAAGAUUGUACAUAAGACAGUGCGUGAAGUCCUGUUCGGUCUUGUCUCCGUUUUAGUGAUUAUUUUAGCUAUUUGGUGGGGGGUAAAUAAGCCGGCGGAAAAAGACACGGGUAUUUAUCAUUGAUUGUCUUUGCUUGUCGCCCAUUCCACAAUGGCCGAGGUUAUGGGCACAAGUUCUUAGCGUAGUCGACAUAGCCAAGACCUGUACAUUAGUCGAGUCGGAAACACGGGCAUGACCUUGAACAGGUGUUGCGGAGAAUAUUGAAAAGCGUUCAAUAUUGAGGACGACUGUUUAAGUGAUCCUCGUUGGCCGGGAUGGUUGUGCAAACAGGCUCAGUAGCUACGCCGCUUUUAAUUCUGAACCGUCCAUGUCGGGG